ACUCGGGGCUCACGUUACGUCGGCAGUCAAAUAUUACAUCAGUAAGACAGUAAGGCCACUGAAGGCGUUUACUUAGCAAUACAUGCACUUCCUCACUACACCACAGAACCCGUAUAGCUGUGUGAUAUUUAUUAUUUACAUGAUUAGUCAGUAAAAGAAAAAAAACGUUUCGUAUUAAUGGAUUUCAAACAUCUUCGAUUAAAAGUACAAUCGGAGAGACCAAAGCACUGAGUUUCAGGAAGCGAACUGUCAAACAGCACUAAUGCGCAAGAAUGGAAACGUUAAGUUCUUCAACAUUUCUCUUUGAAAUCUCCCCGCUGUUAAUAGAGAAAUUCUGUAAUAUCAUUGACAGUGGCGACGGGAAUCUUGGAUGGAGGGGAUUUGCAUCGCGUAUCUUGCCGAAUUGGUUGGAGAUGCGUCUCGCGGAAAGGCUCGCGGCCGCUGGAAAAAGUCCGACGCGCGAGGUGCUCUGGAGGUGGGGUCUGCAGAACAAGACGCUGGGCGACCUGCUCGGCGUGCUGGAGGAAAUGGGCCACCGCAAAGCAGCGGAGCUCUUUGCAACCGCACCAUCAAGAACAAAUUUGGAUCAUCGGCAGUACAGCUUAUCAGAGCGAAAAGGAAAUGGCAUUUGUCUCCAGGCACUGUGCGAGGCAGAACAUAAAGAAUCCUUACCUAAUCAAGAGACUGCCGGCUUCUCCCCCAGAGAGCACCGCGCAUUCAUUCUCGAUUGCGAGCAAGACUCCCUGAUAACUUACUCUGACGUCUUAGUGGGAACGCUGCAUUUUCACCCCAGCUGUAAGAUUGCUGAAGGCCCUCUGUCUGAACUGUACAGAGGAACUAAAGGAGGAGUAGUCUUUGCUGCCAAAAUGUUCAAGCAGCAGAAAAACAGGGAUUUGUGGAGCCCGCAGUGGAAGCUGUUUCAAAGGGAGGUCCAGAUUCUUCAAAGUUACCGGCACCCCAACAUCCUGGAGCUCUGGGGCUAUUUUUGGGAAGGAGACACCUACUGCCUGGUUCGCCCCUACCUGGCCAAUGGGUCCCUGUUCGACAGACUGCACUCGCGGGGUGUAGGUGAGCCACUAUCCUGCCAGACGCGCCUGGACAUCAUCGACGGGACAUCGAAGGCCGUCCACUACCUGCAUACUGCACGGCCCACUGUUGUUGUCUGUGGAAACAUCACCAGUGCAAACAUACUGCUAGAUGAUGGCCUGAAGCCCAAGCUGUGUGAUUUUGGGACAGCACACUUGAGACCACACUCUGUAACUCAAAGCGGCAUUGUUACCAUGGUAACCGCCUCGCACGGCACCCUGGGAUACCUGCCCGAGGAGUACAUCCGCAACGGGAAGCUGUCCGUCGGGGUGGAUGUGUACAGCCUAGGGGUGAUUAUCCUGGAGACCCUGACAGGACAGGUCGUGCAGGAGGCCCGGACGCGUACUCAUCUGGCAGACCGGCUGCGCGAGGCCCUCGAGGGCACAAGCAGCCUGGACACGUGCCUGCAAUGGCUGGACCCCACCGCCGGCUCCUGGAUUCCCCAAACGGCACAGACACUGCUUGGCCUGGCACUGGAGUGCACCGCUGUGCGGGCUAGGAGCAGGCCUGGCACGGAGACGGUGCUAAAAGUGCUGUGCGAGCUUCAGGACAGGCCCCGCCCCCUGGAAAACCCCACCCCAAGUCUGCCUGUGGAGGACGAUGAGACGCAGCCCCUACGCCUGGCCAGCCCUCAGCCACGCCCCUGCGAGUGCAGCCAAUCAGAGGUCACCUACCUGAGCAGUGCACCGGCCCAGGAGGCUGACGAUAUGACAGCGACACGUGGCAGCCCCUGGAGUUGGGAGGGGCUGGAUCUCUGCAGUUGCCAGCCAGUGCACUCCAACUGCGCAGCGGAGGCAGACAGUCUGCGAAGUUACAACUGCAAAGCCAGUGGAUUCGUUCCUGCACAGCUCCAUAUACAUGAAGCUACUCAGCAUGGUGCUUAUGGCAUCACCGAGGACAUUGUGGAGAGCCCCGCCAAGGCCCGACUCAGGGAGAAGAUCCAGCAGUACAACCAGGGCCAGAUUAACACUCAGGAGCUGCUCUCCAUGGAGCUGGGCUGUGACAGGAGUGCGGGCGGACAGCACAUGUAGCCCAGGUCUCUCUCUACAGAUCCUCAAAGUUCAUUCCGCAAGCACCACAAAGUGGAGAAAAUCGAUAUGAAAAUCGCAAUGAGCUUGUUUAUCACUGAACAGAAAUGCUUAAACACUGUACCAGUAAUUAAUUAGCAUUCAUUUCUGGACUUUGUAGUAGUAAUUUUGAAUUUAACUAUUUUUGUGUUAUUACAUUGAUUUAAACAAAAAAAAAAAAAUAUA